UCCCAGUUCGUUCCAAGAAGGGCCUGGGGAACCUCUCCAUUUCCUUUCACUUUCUCCUUUCCACCCCCCCCUUUUCCAACACGCCCCUCCUCCCGCACGCCUCUACACCCUCCCCCUUGCAUGCACGAGCCUAGACAAGCCUACAUUCACGGUUUGUCCUACACAUGCAUGCCCAAACAUUGACCCAACUCUCUUUCCCUUCCUGUACCCCGUUCGUUUGUGGAGAGUUAAGGAAGGUUGGGGUGGGUAGUUGGGGGGUCGGUGGUCUGCACUGCCCUCUCCAGAGAAAAGUGGGACACACACACACACACACACACAAAACCUAAGGAGGGAAGCCCCUGGCUCUUCUUCCCCUCUUGUACCCCAUAAAUGCAAUUAAAUCUGGAGGUGGGUAGCAGCGUUAUUAGGAUCCGCCUAAAAUCGUGCUGAGCCUCUUGGCUAGAAAUGAUGUUUUCGGCGCAAGCAAGAGUCACGAGAAAAUAUUAUGGCUCAAGAAACUAACCAUAGCCAAGUGCCUAUGCUAUGUUCUACUGGAUGUGGAUUUUAUGGAAACCCUCGUACAAAUGGCAUGUGUUCAGUAUGCUACAAAGAACACCUUCAACGGCAGAAUGGUAGUAAUGGUAGAAUUAGCCCAUCAGCAACUUCAGUUAAUAGCCUAACUGAAUCUUUACCAGUUCAAUGCACUGACGGCAGCAUUCAGGACGUUCCUUCAACUCUAGAUUCUACGCCUAUACCAGCUACACAGCAAAGCCCCGUAUCCAGUCCUUCGUCCCUUUUAGCAGAAUCUGUGGCAACAUGUGAAGUGGAAAGUUCAGACAUCAUGGAUAAACCUCAAGAAGAAGACAUACAAGAACCAACAUCAGUGGAGCUUGCCGAGACAAUUUCAAUAGACAGUACCGGAGACGAAUUUUCGAUGGAUAACUCAGAUUUACCUGACACUACCAGGGGCUCAGAAACAGAAUGCGAUUAUGACGUGAACCUAGACAAUAAUGUAGAUGGCCCUGAUUUCCUGGUGGAGAGCUCAAGAGCCAAAACGAAGAGCUGUGAUUCAGAUUUAACACUAACCACAGUAGCUUCAGCAUCAGAUAGUGCAGAACCUUCCUUGGAAGAACAAGGCAAAUCAUUUGACAAACCCAAACAGAAAAAAACUCGUUGUUUUAUGUGCAGAAAGAAGGUUGGUCUUACUGGGUUUGAGUGCAGGUGUGGAAACGUUUAUUGUGCUGUACACCGUUACUCAGAUGUCCACAGUUGCUCUUACAAUUACAAAGCUGACGCAGCUGAGAAGAUCAGAAAAGAGAAUCCGGUAGUUGUUGGGGAAAAGAUUCAGAAGAUUUGAACUGCUCCUGUAGCUGGAAUAUUAAAAUGUUUGACCACCUGCAGAUGAAAAUUGACUUCAGCUUUUUCCUUCCCCUUUCACAAAGCCCACCCACCCACCUCCACACACACAUAAGUCUUUCGUUUUUCUGGCCCGCCCCUUGUAGACUUCAAGAAGACAAGGGUCCCAAAUCAUGCAUGUCAUGCAAAAACAUAGAAUUUCCCCUCUCCCCUUUCUUUUAGCACACGACAAAACUUCUUUCUUUUAUGGUCCUUUGUUUUUAGUUCCUACGGAUGAAGAUAUAAACUGUCCACAACUCAUCCACUAGGAAAGUGGGCCUAUUGGAAACUGAUGAACGGACACCAUGGCUAUAAAAAGUAUUAUCAUCAUUUAAAAAAAAAUAAUAAGUGCAGAGGGCUUUUUCAAAGUUAUGUUGGAGGGCAUCCGUGCUUUUCCCACUUCUCGUAUUAAACAUGCAUGCAUUAAUCCAAGACACUUCAUUUUCAUUUUGUAUAUAGCUUUCCUCUCUCUCUCUCUCUCUCUUUCUCUCUCUCCCUCCCUCCCUCCUUCCCUCCCUCUCUCUGCAGCACAAUUUCCCGCCUCUUUUUUUCAUUUCCUCUUUGGUAAUGCCUUGUAUGGCACAACUAGCAAUCAAUAACUGAAUGUAUUUAAUCAUUAAGGCUGCUUGGUUUCCCCUCCCCCUUAACAAAAAUUUAUACACACGUUAUCAUAAUAGCUUGUUUACACCCAGCUAUCUAUUUAUGUAUGCAUCCUUCGUUUUCUGAGCGUGUCAGAGAGUGCUGAGGUUUUAAAGCGUGCAUGACUUUUGCUCUUCGAGGUUCUUUUCUUGGUUUG